AUGUCCAUGUCCAUGUCGCGGGCGGGGAACGAUGGCAUCGCCGCGCUGGAGCGGGCCGGGGCGGAGGCGAUGAAGCGGGCGGUGCAGCUGGACGUGGCGUGCCGGUUCCAGGAGUCGCUGGUGUGUUACCAGGAGGGCAUCGACCUCCUGCUGCAGGUGGUGAAAGCCACCACCGAUGAGGCCAAAAAGCUCCGCUACCGGCAGAAGAUAUCCGAGUACAUGACCAGAGCCGAGGACAUUAAAGAACACAUUAAGAAACAAGAUGGCAAAUACCAUAAGCAAAUCAGGAUAGAGGAAAAUGCAACAGGUUUUGGUUAUGAAAAGCUUUUCCACGAGUACCUCACUGAGAGUGUGUCUGAAGUUUGGGUGCAGGACCCGUACAUUCGGCAGGUUCAUCAGUUGUAUAACUUCCUACGAUUCUGCGAGAUGCUAGUUAAGGGGCCGUGCAAGGUGAAAACAAUCCACCUCCUCACUUCCUAUGAUGAGGGUGGUGGGAGGAGCCAGCAGAUGACUGCCUUGGAAGAAAUAAAACAGUCAUUGAGUAAUUAUGGAGUAACACUGAGUAUUGACUUCUCGUCUUCAAUACAUGAUCGAGAAAUCAGAUUCGACAAUGGCUGGAUAAUUAAGAUUGGAAGGGGUCUUGAUUAUUUUAAGAAGCCACGGGGUUGUUUCAGCAUUGGACACUGUGACUUUGACUUGAGACCUUGUCGUGAAACAACAGUGGAUGUCUUUCAUGCUAAGCACACAAAGAAAAUGUGAUCAGAAAUGUCUGCUUUUAAUAAGUGUUUUCAUAAGCAUAAAAAUGUAAGACUGAAAGAUGUUGCUUGAGUCCAGCUGGUUGCCCACAGAAGCAACUCUUACAAUCCAUGUCUAAAUUUUAUCUUGAUUUUGUAACAGACCCCCAGUAGUGUCUUUCAAAAGCCUCUUUACUGCCAUUUGUAUUUUUACUGCUGAUUUCAUCUUGAGCCUGUUUUGGAUUUUUUGUCUUUAACUGAUCACCUCAAAAUCAUUGGAAGCUGGGCUGACACAUGUCCUCUUUUAUAAGCAGUCUUAUUUAUUUCCUUUAAUUCCUGUAUUCUAGUCAUGACUACUAUUUUGCUGGGUUUUUGUCAUUCCUGUAAUACUUUAUUUCCCAGACUUUACUAGUAAUCCCAAUUUUCACAUUCCAUUUUCCAAACUCUUUGCCUAGGAAUGUGGUAGUGUUCAGUACACAGUCAUUUUAGGGUUGUUUUAUUUGCAAACAGCUGCAAUCUUCCUUGGCACUCCUGUGUGUUCUUUUAUUCCAUGAUACAUGACCACAUCCACCCUUUGCAUUAAGUGUGGAAAGGAUGUAUGAUCCUCUCCCAGUCCUACUCUCUGCCUUUCAAGCCCAAUGACUGGCUUUUCAUGCCACUCUCAACUUCAGUAUUUUGCUACUACUAAGGUAGUCCCCUAAAAUGAAUAAAUGUAAGUUUUGUCAGAAGCUGGGUGCCCUGAGUAUCUCAGUUGGUCAGAGCAUAGUGUGAGUGAUGCCAAGGUCAGGUGUUUUAUCCCUGUAAGGGCCAUUCACUUAAGAGCUGGACUUGAUCCUUGUGGGUCCUUGCAACUCAAGAUAUUCUGCAAUUCUAAGCAAUAUGCUAUUUAGAAUAAAGACAAAAGUCUUCCCUUGUCAUUCCUGCAGCCUUUGGAAACCAGAAGGUAUUACCAGAGGUACUGCUUUUUAAUUUUUUUUUUAAUCUUAUACAAGAGUUUUUUGUUAGCAAGAAUCUGCCUAAGUCAUACAGUCUGACAUAAAAAACAGGCAGUGGCCUCUUUUUCAGGUCCCAUCAAAAACUUUUCAGCCUCAGGACUGACACGUGCCUUACACUUUCUGCCUUGUAACACAAUAGGCCUCUGUGUUUUAGUAUCAUGUUUAUUGUGAGAACUUUUUUUAUUUCCUAUAUUUAUUUUUCCUGAUGGUUGUUGUAUUCCAUUGUCUUUUUUUCCCUUAAUGUACUUUAUUUUCAUCUUCUGUCAUCUAAUGAAUGCUGCUAUUCUUUUCCUCUUAUUUCUAAAUCUAUUUAGAUUUCUAACAAAAAAUCUGUUCCACAACAAUCAAUAAGAAAUGGAGCUGGUCUUUGCCUUGUUUUCUGGGUCACAAUUUUCCAGUGGUCUGCAUUCUUUAUCCUUUCUCAUAAUAAUGUUUCAGCUUUGCACUGUUGCAUCAGCAAAAUGAAUAAGUCACAGAGCUGUAUGCUAUUAGUCAUUCCCCCAAACAUUCCAUAGGAGCUCCCUGGUUUGCUGCUGUGAUAAAAAGUUUCUAGUCACUUGUGAAUUUUAUUCAGUUGUGUAUAAUAUAUGCCUAUUUUUAGUGGGAAUAAAGGCUAUUUUUUAUUAUUUGUA